UUAAAGGCACGCCCUGAAGUCUUUGAAACUCAUUUAUUACAAUCAAAGCAGCUCAUACUGCAGAUUUGCUCAUGCAAUGAUACUGUUUACUCCACUCUUGCACUUACUAAGUCUCAUAUGUUGCAGUGGACUAUUUUGAAGCUUCCUGAAGCUGAAGAAAAAAUUCUGGAUUUAAAGCGAACCGCCAUGUCAGAGUUGGUAAACACCUCUAAUGAUGACGAUGGCUCCAGCCAAUCUUCUGGGUCAUCAAACACAUCACAGACAUUCAGCAACAAAAACAGUAAAGAAACUACACUUCCAAAAUCCUCACAAACAUCUACUCAAAAAGAGACUGAAGACAAAAGUGAUCCUUCAUCAUUUACCAAACGUUCAGCAAUCAGUCCAAGAAAGUUGCUGUUAAAACUGCAAUUAGCUGAUAAAUAUGCACAAACUGACCAUAAUGAGAAGCUCAGUGAAAAUGACCUUAAAGACAAAAAGCCUGAAGAAGAGGAGAAGGAGGAGGAGGAUGAAAAUGAAAAUCUUUAUAUAGUUUCUAGUGAAUUCAUAAACAUAAUGUCGAAUGCCACAGAUGAUCCAGACUCAAUCAGUGUAGAUAUGAAGGAAGUAAUUGACGCUAAGCCUAAUGAAAAAACAACAAAACUAAAAGAUAAACUGACAGAGUUGGAGAAUGUUACUCUUAACAUGGCUAUAACUGGCAUGACAGGAGUAGGAAAGUCUUCAUUUGUCAAUGCCCUGCGAGGCCUUCGUGAUGAUGAUAAAGAUGCAGCUUUCACAGGAACAACUGAGACCACCAUGAAGCCAAACAUGUAUGAGCAUCCCUUUAUGCCCAACGUGAAGAUCUGGGACCUGCCUGGAAUCGGAAGUCCAAAAUUCAGAGCAAAGAAAUACCUAAAAGAUGUCAAUUUCCACAUGUAUGACUUUUUUUUCAUAGUGACCUCAGAAAGGUUUAGAGAGAACGACAUUGAGUUGGCCAAAGCCAUCAAGAAGAGCAACAAGCUGUUUUAUUUCAUACGCACUAAAAUUGACAAUGACGUUCGUGCUGAGUCCUACAAAAGAAACUUCGAUGAGCCUAUGCUGCUUGAUAAAAUCCGAGAAGACUGUAAGGUGAACCUACUGAAAGUGCGUAUUUCCAAAAUAUUCCUAAUAUCUUCAUUUCAUUUGGAGAGAUAUGACUUUCAGAAGCUGGUCAACACCCUUGAGGAGGAACUUCCCAAAAACAAGAGAUUUGCUCUCAUACAGUCUUUGCCUGUUUAUUCCCUCGAGGCCCUCACAAAGAAGAUAACCUACUUCAAGAAACUCAUUUGGCUGAAUGCUGUUGGGGCCGGAGUAGGUGCAAUUGCUCCAAUCCCAGGAGUGUCACUGGCCGUUGAGUAUGUCAUCAUGAAGAAGUUCUUUAAGCAAGUCUUCAUGGCAUUUGGACUAUCAAAUCAGGCACUGGAGGUACUCUCAGGACGAGUGAACAAACCUGUGAAGGUUCUGAAAGCCGCCAAGACAUCACGCUUCAAAGAUGGAAUCACUGAGCAUAUUCUGAUGGACAUGAUAUCUAAUCCAGUCAUUGCUAUUGCCGUAACUCUGGGAACCAUAAUGGCUCUGCUGCCCGGAGGAGCUCUGCCCGCAGGAGGCACGGCUGUCGCAACUGUGCACUACUUGCUGAAUGUAGGACUCAGGGAGAUGGCAGAUGACACAAGGAAAGUUCUUGCCAUCUCACAACUUGCCUAAUAAAAUGCAAAAAAAAGAAUCUCAAUUUCUCUCGUAACACUGACCCUAUAAACACCCUCUGACUCAGCCUACUAAAUUUCCAAACUGGAAAGCGAUUAACAGAUUUGUGUGGUUUUGAUUUUGUCAGUCAUGAAAAUAUGUUGUUUUUGAAAAUAAAUUUAGAAAAAUCUAAUUAUCAAUGUC